AAAAUCUUGCGUUACUUUGCAUUGGGGUGAAGAAAAUUUGUCUGGCAUACAUCGUGAUGUCGUCAAAUGUUGGUCUUAUCAGUCGUCAAUGCAAACGUACGUGCGAUCGUUACCAGUUUUUCGACCAAAAAAUAGCCGUCGAAAAGUUAACUGGUCUUGUUUUAGUUGGAGAGACGUUCAGCAACCAUUGUUCUGAAAAUACAGAUGCGAAAACAACAAAUCCUCCAACAAAAAAUUACAUUUCUUCCCUUCAGAAGUUUCAUUGUAAUAUAUGUCAAUUGAAGAUGGAUAAUGCAGUAGAUAUGCGGGAACACUUCAAAAGUGAAUGGCAUAUCUGCAAUAUAAAUCGAUCCUUACGUGGUUAUUGUCCACUAAAUUUUGAUCUAUUCGAAACUUUAAGACAAGAGAAAAUAGAAAAUGUUUCGGAAAUAAAUACCAUCGAUCAAGUUGGAAUGAGUCCAAUUAAUUCACUGUCAGCAACUAUAGAACCAAAUAUUGACAACAAUGACUGUGAUCAUGGUACAUCAUCUAAAACGGUUACUAAUUCGUCACUUACUGCAUCGUCACAUAAGCAGAUGUUAUUUUUCCGAAAUUAUAAUUCAGAAAUAGUUGGAAUAAAUCGUUGUGUUCUAUUUACUAGGAAGACUAUGCCUUUAACAAUGGAUGAGUUGCUGGGAUCUGUUUCGCGUGUUCGACAAAGUCGGAAAUGGGCUAUUCUUCUUUAUUCUGGAGGUAAAUUCGCUGGUGGCAUUUUUGAUGGAACAAACGAGAUUGUUCAUAAAACUUUGCGCAACUAUACAGUACGCGCUAAACAAGGUGGUGGUCAAUCAUCUUAUGAUUCACAAUGUGGUGGUCUUGGCGGAGUGAAAUCUGCUGGUGCUAAUCUUCGACGUCAUGGUGAAGCAACUAUUCGUAAUGAAAUAAGUGAUCUUUUACAUAACAAAUGGCGUGUUCUGUUACAAUCUUGCCAGCUGAUAUUUUUGUGGUCUCCCAAAGUACAUCGAAGUAUAUUUUUUAAUCCACCUGUAUCAUCCUCAUCUGUGCCAUCUAAUCAUAAAUUCACCGGUGAUAAUUUGAAUGAAUCAACUGACUAUUCUUCGAUUAAUUCCAGUUAUCGAAUUUCCUCACCUCUUGUCCCAGAUUCAUUAGCUUCAAAAGCUUGUGACUGUCGACUUGGAAUGACAAUAGAUGAUCCAAGAUUACGCAGAAUACCUUGUCGUAGCAAACAUAUCACAUAUUUACACGUAAAAGAAUUACACAAAGAAUUGUCAACUUUUGAUGUUUAUGAUCCUGAUGCUAAUCUGGAGUUUCUCAGUAAAUCAGGUCGAAAUCAAUGGCGCAAAUUAUCUGAAAGCGGUGAUGAAACUUUGUUAGAAACUAAAAGUGGUCGAUUAAUUUACGGUUCACUUAGCCUACUGGAAACUAGUCCUAAAAAGAAUUUAUUGUCAUCAAGUUCAGAUAAUUCUGAUUUGCCAGAUUGUGUCAGUUCACAAGACGAUACUGAUGAUGAUAGCAAUGAUGAUCGAGUGGAGCAGAUUAUGAACUCAGAAAAUAAUAUUAGGAAAACCACAGAAACUGUCAGAAAGACGAAACCAAACAGUCAAUCUUCAUUGCUUUCGACUUCCAACGAUUCUGAAAGUAAUGAUGUCAAAGCAGUGACUGAUAAUUUCGAAGAUUUAUAUUUCACCUAUCAAAGUUGGCAUAGACGUUUACGUGUAGCAAUUGCUUCUGGAGAUUUGGUUAUUUUACGAUCUUUAUUACCAAUGGAUAUUUCCAAUAUAACUCAAAGCGAUAAUUUAAAUGAAUUGGAGGAAACAGUUCAUAAUUCAACUGCUCCUUUGAAUACCACUACCACUACUGCUGCUACUACGGCUAAUAUGCUGACCACUACUAAUACAUCCCCUACUGAAUGUACUUCACCUGGAUCAUCAACUGUACCACCAUAUCGUGUUUGUUUAAAAUUAAUUAAUCAUCCAUUAACUGAUGGACGAAGACUUUUACAUGUAGCUGUAGAAUUUCAAAGUGAUCCUGAACUAAUUCGUUUAUUACUUGAAUGUGGAUGUGAUCCAGCAUUUAGGUCAGUGUAGAAUAUUAUUUUAAGUUAUACAUACAUAAAAUGUAUUAAUUUAUAUUUCUGUGUAAUCAUUUUGUUAGCUUGUUGAUUUGUUGAAACUUUUUCUUUGUUCUAAACUCAAUGCUAUAAUGAUGAUUUCUUGCAUACACAUCGUAGAGUUCCAGCUUGCUGGUUUCUAUUUCAAAUAGUUCAUUUUGGUCAGUAAUCGAAUAAUUUACAAAAAAAUACCCAUAUUGUGAAUUAGAACAACAUAUAUAAGCGAGCAAUAUUGUUUUUGAUUAGAUCCCCAUCAGGCUUUAAUAUACAGUAAUAUUUAUAUGCAUAUACAAAAUUACUAAACCAAUCAAGGCAGUUCAUAAUUCAGUGAUAACAGUAGACUACAUAGAUAAACAUAAUAAUUAAAAAGUACGAAUCAAUGGUGUGAUGACAGGUGUAAUAUUUUUGAUAAGAAUAAUCAAGACAUAUCCAUGUUUCAUAGUGGGGAUAAUUCCCAUACAUGCUGAGAUAACAUUCAUAAAAACUGUAAGUUUAUGUAAUAAGACAUGUUCAGACAAUUGGACAAUGAAGCGUGUGUUUGGAUAAAAAUAGGUGGGAGGGGAUGAAGAAAAAUAAACGAAGAAAAAGUAUGGGAAAUAAUAAGAAAUAAAAGUGUUACAAAUUCCUUAUGAACGCAAAGACUUGGAUUGUUAGCUCGAAUUCCUAUGGAUUCUACUAUAUUUAAGAGACGAAAUUGAACCCCAUAAGAAAAGCUAGAUAAUUCACUUUAGAUGACAUAUUUCAGUUUGCUACAUGACCGCUAUCAAUCAAAUGUGGUAGAAUCGAGCUGCGUAUUGUCUUGACGGAACCCUUUCCUAACCACGAAGUUAAGUAAUCACUAACUUGUUGUCUCAGUUGUCUGGUAGUGCGCUCAAUAUAGCUUUC